AAUGUGCAGCCCGCGCGCACCGUAGGCUUGAUUUAAUUUCACCAGGCCCUUGUAGUGCGACGCGGUCUUGCCUCAUUCGGACGCGACGUUCGUGACGACGCAGACCCUGCCCGCGAAUUCCUUGAAAUUGACGGGAUUGCCCUGGAUGUCUUCCCUAACAAAGUCGUGGAAGGAGCCGUCGUGCGUGCUCUUCGCAUCCUUGCCGUGGACGAGGCCCAUGGCUGCGGCUACGAGGUUGAGGUCGCGGCGGGGUCUGAGAGCGCUGGCCGCGCGUGCCGCCCGGCGCGCCAGGAGCAUACAGCACUUACCGCUGCCUGCGUUUGCGUGGUUCGUGAGUUGCACGCGCGUUGCUGCGUGCUGUCAACGGCGGCGGGCGUACAGCGCAGCGCGUCUGCGUGUGAUGAUCUGGCCUCUCAGAGAGCUUGCUCUCCCUGCCUCAACACGUCUGUUCGCGGCGCGAGGCUCAAACCUUCGCCAGCAUGGAUCUCUCGUGCACCCUGAGGAAAUUCUCGACGCCGAAUCGCACGCGUACGCAACGCUCAGCCGCUUGAGGGCUGAG